GCUCAAUCCGGCCGCUUCCUAUGUUACUAGAAGGGAAUUUACGCACCACAGAUGGUUGUCCUGAGGAUAAGAAAUGUGCACAAAAGGAAAUAUGCUUUCAUAUGCGUCUGCAUCGCUGUCUUCGUCGUGUACAGAUAUCUUAGCGUGCCAGGGCCAAGGGGACGGAGGAUGAGCAGGAAGCUGGGCCUGAGCUCUAACACGUCCCAGUUCACCCUGGCGGGAGAGCCCUUUCGCAUCCUUGGGGGAUCCAUACACUAUUUCCGAGUGCCCAGGGCCUACUGGAGGGACCGCCUGAUGAAGAUGAAGGCCUGUGGCAUCAACACCCUCACUACAUAUGUGCCGUGGAACCUGCACCAGCCUGAGAGAGGGGUUUUUAACUUCCACACACAACUGGAUUUAGAAGCCUACAUCAAUCUCGCAGCAGAUUUAGGACUGUGGGUGAUUUUACGCCCAGGGCCCUACAUUUCUUCUGAGCUGGACUUAGGAGGCCUGCCAAGCUGGCUCCUCCGCGAUGGCAGCAUGAGACUGAGGACAACUCACCCGGGCUUCGCUGAGGCCGUCAACACUUUUUUUGACAAACUGAUACCAAAAGUUGUCCCGCUGCAGUUCAAGAAAGGAGGUCCUAUCAUCGCGGUGCAGGUUGAAAAUGAGUAUGGAUCUUUUGCAAAGGAUCAAGGCUACAUGGUGUUCAUUAAAGAGGCUUUACAGUCCAGAGGGAUCAGCGAGCUCCUGCUCACAGCAGACAACCUCAACACGUUAAAGUCAGGGGGCGUCACUGGAGCCAUCAGGUCAGUGAAGCUGCAGAAGCUGAAUCAGAGAGGCAUUCAGGAUUUGCAUGCCAUCCAGCCCAACAGCCCUGCAAUAGUGAUGGACUACUGGACUGGGGGGUAUGAUGUGUGGGGGGACCUUCAUCAUUUGCUGCCCCCAGAGGAUAUGGUGUCCACCGUGAGGGAAAUUCUGAGGAGAGGCAUGUCCGUCAACCUGUACAUGUUCCAUGGGGGAUCCAGUUUUGGCUUUAUGAGUGGAGCCCUGGCUGAUCCCUCCUACAGAGCUUUAGUCCCCAGCUAUGAUUAUGACGCUCCCUUGUCUGAAGCUGGGGAAUACACUCCAAAGUACCAUCUUCUUAGGGAUUUAUUUUCUCGAUACAGCACAGGAGAAAGUGUUCCUGACAUGCCAGCCCUGCAUUAUAGGGAGGCUUAUGAACCAGCUAUCAUGUACCAGCACCUGUCUUUGUGGGAUGCUUUGAGCUUCACUGAAGGACCGUUUAAGUCAGCCAAGCCAAUCAACAUGGAGAACUUACCUGUGAACAACAAAAAUGGGCAGUCCUAUGGAUACAUUCUCUAUGAGACUACCAUCACUAGUGGGGGAUUGUUAAAGUCCUGCGACAAUGUCCGAGACCGUGCUCUGGUGUUCGUAGACAGAAGUUACAUUGGCCUUUUCAAGCGCCGCAGCCUGGAGCUGGCAGUUCCUGAUGGUAAGGGACGGCGUACCUUGAGUUUAUUGGUGGAGAACUGUGGACGAGUUCACCAGGGAAGGGACCUUGACAAACAACAUAAAGGACUAGUGGGAGACAUUUUAUUAAACAAUAUCCCCUUGCGGGAUUUUACAAUAUACAGCCUGGAUAUGAAACCCAGCUUUAUUGAUAGUCUUUAUCAGGCACCCUGGAAAACUCUCACGGAAACUCCCAGUUUCCCUGGAUUUUACAUGGGGAGGCUGUUUGCUUAUGGGUAUCCGAGUGACACGUUUGUGAAGCUGCCAGGCUGGGAGAAAGGUGCUGUGUUCAUCAAUGGUCUGAAUCUGGGCCGCUACUGGUCUAUUGGCCCUCAGCAGACGUUAUACCUCCCUGGUCCCUUUCUCAAUAGUGGAAUCAACCAGGUAAUUGUGUUUGAGGAGCAGGAGGGAGACUACAAGGUCUACUUUGAAGAUACACCUGAUCUUGGCAUGGCAGUAGACAUCCAGUGACCACCACCACCACCUGCAUGAGAAUUAUUUUGUUGUGUAAAAAGUGCUUUUCAGGUCAAACUGGUAUUGGUGUAACCAUUGCCAUUGUCUGAUAUGACCUAAUACAACAUAUUCUAUA